AUGGAGAAAGUGCCGGGUGAGAUGGAGAUAGAGCGGAGGGAGCGGAACGAGGAGCUGUCCGAGACCGAGAGGAAGGCGGUUCAGGAUACGUGGGCCCGGCUAUAUGCCAACUGCGAGGACGUGGGGGUGGCCAUCCUGGUGAGGUUCUUUGUGAACUUUCCUUCGGCCAAACAGUAUUUUAGUCAAUUCCAGCACUUGGAAGAGCCAUUGGAGAUGGAGCGAAGCCCCCAAUUGCGCAAGCAUGCCUGUCGAGUCAUGGGUGCCCUCAACACUGUGGUGGAAAAUCUGCAUGACCCUGACAAGGUGUCCUCUGUGUUGGCACUGGUGGGCAAAGCCCAUGCUUUAAAGCACAAGGUGGAGCCCGUCUAUUUCAAGAUCCUCUCUGGAGUCAUUCUGGAGGUGGUCGCUGAGGAGUGUGCUAAUGACUUCCCAUCUGAGACGCAGAGAGCCUGGUCCAAGUUGCGUAGCAUCAUCUACAGCCAAGUGACUGCCGCCUACAAGGAAGUGGGCUGGGUGCAGCAGCUCCCCACCACCAACAUUCCACAGGCCACGCUGCCUUCUUCUCGGUCCUAGUGUCCCACUCCCUCCUUUCCCACUCCCUGGCAGCACCUUGAGCAGAAGGCCAAGCUCCAAAGACCAACUUGUUCCUUCGUACCUGGGUGCUGAGGAAGCUGGAAGAAUCAAAAUCAUCUCCAGAGAGUAAGGCUACCACUCUGGCUACCCUAGAGCUGCUGGGAGGUGGCCCUGGCACUCUGGAUGCUGAGUCCAGCCCGGGGCCUACUGGUGAGGGCUACUGAGGGGUGUAGGGGACCUCCCUACAGAGCUGGGCCCACUAUUUGUAGCUUUUCUAUCCACUGUUAGAGAGACCAGGCUGAGGGGCUGGCGGACAGGCGGGGCAGGGUUUGUUACUCUCUCCAAGAAUAAACCAGCCACUGUUUCUAUCUGCCUGACCAGCAUGCAGGUCUCAACGUAACAUAUCUAUAGUAUCAUACACGCACAUCUACUGCAUAUCAAAAUAUAUUAUAUAUACAGUAUAUAUAUAUACAUUAUAUAUAUUUAUAUAUAACCUGUACCUGCAGCUGCAGGCCCUUGGGCCCAGGGGCACAUACUAAAAGCCCCUGUUUGUUUUUUCUGUCCAUCUAUGUCCUGAGGGGAGAGGUUCAUGACCAGGCUCAGGGGAAGGAGACAGCUAGAAAUAAGGGUUCCAUAGAUGAGGGGGACCUGCGUUAGCACGGAAGAGCCUAUAGGGUCCAUUACCCUUGAGAAUGUGAGAUGAACUCAAGCCCAUUUCAGAGAUGGAAAAAGUGAGGUAAGAAGCAGCCCCAUCUUCAUGCUGAAGGGGAAGCAGACAGCCUGCCCUGAACUUGAUCUCCAUCUCCUUUCUUUGCACCUUCAUGCAGAAACAAAACUCUCCAAAAAAAGGGCUUGGCAACUCAUUGACUUUCCUUUCAAGUCAAGUUGGGUCAAUGAUUUUGCUUAUGAUCAGCCUUGAGAGGCUCAGGACGGUGAUGAGGCCACCCUAUCCAAAAUAGGGGGCCACCUGGGUGAGUCCUGGGAAUUUAGUUACCCAAGUAUUGGAAGGCAGGAAGAUGGCAUUGGGGGAAAGACCCAGAAUUUCUAUCCCAGCCUAUCUCCCAUUUCCAACAGAACCAAACCACAGUGAAAGUGUGUUUGAAGGUAACCUCAAGUGGGCUAGCCAUCACAAGUUCCAGCAACCAAAAUAUCCUAUUCCUAUAUGAGAGGAGAAUAUGGGGACAGCUGAAAUGGAUGGAUUUCUUUCCAUAUAUAUUCUUAGAACUUUCCUUUAGAUCUGAAGUUCAGCCAAGGAGAAGAGAAGCCUGAGUGAACCUCUCGCCCUCUCCCCAGAAACCCCUUGUGAUGAGGUGAUCCAAUAUCCCUUCCCAGUCUAAGGUUUUAUGACUGUCUGUCUUCCUAGGCUAGCCUUGCCUUGGGCUCCAACCUCCCUGUGUCUCCCCCUAGUAAUUCGUAUCCCCCAAGGAAACCUUGCUACUGUGGCUGCUAUACCUGUGUCCCAGCCUCCUGUGACCACUCCUGUAACUGCCUGUCCUUUUGUAGGUUUCUGAUGUUUGUAACCAGACCCAACUGUAUCAUUAAACAGAGAUGUUCUUGCUGA